AUGUCGACUCAGGAAGAAUCAGCAGCCCACGGGACAGAUGUCGAAGCCGGUACCGAGCAAGGAAACCGUCUGAAGGACUUCUAUGCGAAUCCUUGGACUCAGAUCUUAUUGAUAAGCGUAAUAUGCUUCUGCUGCCCUGGCAUGUACAAUGCUUUGGGUGGACUUGGAGGUAGUGGACAAGUUGAUCCUACAGUUGCCGCCAACGCGACAGUUGCUCUCCUUUCUGCCACGGCUGCAACUGCUUUGAUCGUUGCAGGACCGUUCUUCUCUCUUGUCGGACCUCGCUUGUGUUUUCUCCUCGGUGGAUGGACAUAUGCUCUCUACAGUGGGAGUCUGUUGAACUUCAACCAUCAUGCAAAUGGGGCUUUCGUUAUUGUCUCGGGGGCUAUUCUGGGUAUUGGUGCAUCCAUGCUUUGGGUUGUGCAAGGAGCCAUUAUGACUACUUACGUCAAAGAAUCACAGAAGGGUCUCGCUAUCGCUGUCUUCUGGAUCAUAUUCAAUCUUGGAGGGGGAGUAGGUUCACUCGCGUCCUUUGGCUUGAACUUCCACUCCAAGAAAGGCACUAUCUCUGACUCAACUUACAUUGCCUUGAUGGUGAUCAUGCUCGUUGGAUGGGUCCUCGGAAUCUUCAUCUGCUCCCUUCGAGAAUAA